UCGUGUCAGUGUAGACUCGUAGGUAUCCGGUGUUGUCAGUACGGAGUGGAAAGAGUAGGAUGCGGUAUCGUACAACGUUAUGGUAUAUCUCGUGGCUGCGACUUCGUGAGAAGGUCGUCGAGGUAAUGAACGCGUCUCGUUGAAGGAAAUGCAGUAUAUUGUACCACGCGAGUGCAGGGCAAGCUAACCUAAAGUAAGGUGUCGGUGGGUUUGUCGAAGGUGAAGUGUAAAAGUGCGCGGGACUCGCAUCGAGAGCGAGCACCAAGGAGUCCCGGUGUCGUGGGAUAUGCACGCACACGUCAAGAUGUCGUCGGGAGGACAUAGCAGUCGUACUCGAGCUGUACACAUAGGUUCGAUCUUCCAGAAGCUUCAUGGUCGUUUUGCUGAUCCUAUGACACUGCCGAAACUUUCGACCGACAAGCGAAUGUUGGAUAAGACCUGGAAACUUAUGGACAAGGUAGUCAAGUUAUGUCAACAUCAGAGGAUGAAUUUGAAAAAUUCGCCACCGUUUAUCCUGGAUAUUCUACCAGAUACGUAUCAACGAUUGAGACUGAUAUAUAGCAAAUACGAAGACAGGAUGCAGGUGUUACAUAGCAACGAACACUUUUGUGUAUUCAUCAACAACCUUAUGAGAAAGUGCAAGCAAGCGAUCAAAUUGUUCAAGGAAGGCAAAGAAAAGAUGUUCGAUGAAACGUCGCAUUAUCGUAGAAAUUUGACCAAACUUAGCCUUGUUUUUAGCCACAUGCUGUCUGAAUUGAAGGCCAUUUUCCCAAAUGGUGUGUUUGCUGGACAUAAAUUCCGUAUUACUAAAGCAGAUGCGGCCGAGUUCUGGAAAGAAAGCUUUGGAAUCAGUACGCUGGUUCCAUGGAAAGUUUUCAAAGACAAGUUAAAUGAAGUUCAUCCAAUAAGUUCUGGAUUACAAGCCAUGGCAUUAAAAUCUACGAUAGAUCUUACGUGCAAUGAUUAUAUCUCAAACUUUGAAUUCGAUGUAUUUACGAGGUUAUUUCAACCAUGGUCUACACUUCUUCGUAACUGGAAAAUUCUGGCUGUGACACAUCCUGGAUAUGUAGCUUUUCUUACUUAUGACGAAGUGAAAGCACGUUUACAAAAGUAUUGUAGUACUAGACCUGGAAGUUAUGUAUUCAGACUAAGUUGCACGAGGUUAGGACAGUGGGCUAUCGGUUAUGUUACAUCAGAUGGUGAUAUCCUUCAAACAAUACCUCACAACAAAAGUCUUUGUCAAGCACUGCUAGAUGGAUAUAGGGAAGGAUUCUACUUAUACCCUGAUGGCCGUAAUAUAAAUCCAGAUUUAACAUGGGCAGUUCAACCCACUCCUGAAGAACACAUAAAAGUCACAGCAGAACAGUAUGAAUUAUAUUGCGAAAUGGGUAGUACAUUCCAAUUAUGUAAAAUUUGUGCAGAGAAUGACAAAGAUGUGAGGAUAGAACCUUGCGGACAUCUUCUUUGUACUCCGUGUCUCACAGCUUGGCAGGAUUCUGAGGGACAAGGUUGUCCAUUUUGUCGAGCUGAAAUUAAAGGGACUGAACAAAUAGUAAUCGAUCCGUUCGAUCCACGAAGAACACAUCGACCGGGAACACAAUCAGCAUCUGCUAGUAAUGCGUCGACUCCCACACGGGAUCUUGACCCGGACACCGAGGAAAUCAUGGAUUUGUGUAACGGUCACUGUGGAUUAAUGUGUUACGAUUCGGAUGAAGAAGAAGAUUCCAGUCCAACAAACUCGCCAGUUUCGACACGAAGAAUUGUGCCAAGCCCGCCGCUACCUCCUCGACGACCCUCUCCAUCCCCCACGCCAAAUAAUCAUUUGAGGAAUGGUCGCCUGUUAACUGUUCCAAAAGAGAAUGCUCCACCACCGCCUUCAUCGACAGCUCAAACGACAUUCAAUUCUAAUACUGACAAUCAGCAAAAUAAUAACAUAAACUCCGAAACAGGGUACGAUAUGCUACAUCGUGCUUCUUCGCCGUCUCCAAUGCCACCGAUACCUCCUGCACCGUUUACAGUAGUCAGAAGUCACGUUCGUCGAUCACAAGGAAGUCACUUGUCCACAACGCAACAGCAACCACCGCCGACUUUACCUGAGAAAUCUAGUCGUAUCAGUGGCGGAUCUUCGGCGAUGAGCAGCCAAAUUACGUCUAGCAAUAAUGUGCCACCGGUUCCACCACCAUUGUCGGUGCCACGACCUCCAAAAGCAACCAGCAAAGAGCACAACAGACAGGAUCACCAUUACGAGAACACGAUCGUGAUACCCGGUACGAGACAACACGUCGUGAGGAACAUUAAUCUGGAAGCGAAUACAGCUCGAUUGUCCGCCCUGAUGAGAGGUAAGGACAAUCCCACCGGUUCUUCUAAGCCAGAAUCCGCGGCAUACGAGAACGUGAACGUCGAACACAUUUCCAAGCUGACGGCUCUCGGAUUCGCACAAGACGCCGUGAUUAGAGCUCUCGGUAUUACUAGGAACAAUCUUGAAAUGGCUUGUGACAUACUACAUGAAUUUGCCACGAAAUCGUCUUGACCAGGAUUAAAUACAGAAGAAUCGUAACUGGCUCUACUUGCCGCAUUUUUAAUGUACAUUAUAAGUAGAAACGUAUAAAACUUGCUGUCGCUGAUUACUGGAAAAAAUCGUUUUUCCCCCACAAGCUCAGAUAUCUGGAAAUUCGAGCAAUACACGCACCGAGAGCCGACAAAGAUUUCCUGCCCAGUUAAUCGGCAAUAUCUUCGAUCGUUUUUUGCACGCACCAUAUGUCGAAACAAUCUUCGUAGAAGAUAUUUUGAAAUACCAGUGUAUUUCUUUUCCUUACACAUAUUCACAUAUAUACACGAUCAAUACAAAUAGAAGAAGACUGCUUAAAACUGCGAGAAGACGCGACAAAUGUUACAAAUGUAAGUAAGAGUUUUGAACUUUACAAGAAUAGUUCGCGGCCGCUGAGUACAAAGUCUUUCGUUUCCCGCGAUCGAUGCAAGCGAAAAUUGCUACCACAUGUUUCCCUACGUAGUUCUCCAAUAACUACAUUUUUCAAUCUAAAUACUUAAGACAAGGAUUUAUAUAUACAUUUUUAAAAAGAGCAUCUGCAUGCAAUUACACGAUUGUACAGUGGCCAAAUUUAUUAAUAAGCUAAUUUAAAUGAUUCUCCCUUUUUUAUCCACAUAUGUAUUUGUCGUUGCUUGUUCCUUGAGAAAAGGAAUAUUCAGAUCAAAUUUUUACAAAAUAUUUUAAAUAAUACCUCAUAUACAUAUAAUAUAUAAAUCGAGUUUAACUACGCGCAAAUUAUAUUCGUUCCAAUCCGAUGCAAAAUACCCUUGAAUAUUUUUCAUGUGCUCCGUAGAAUUGAUAUUAACUGUAUGAAAUGUUUCGUCGAUCGCAUGUAAUGAUUAGCGUUAUUUAUCAAAUGUGAUACUUAUGUUUUAAUAAUUUUCGACUGCACUGAAUAGACCCAUCGAUGCAUGAAAGGUGAAAAUUGUUAAUCGAUAUUUAAUUAUAUUUAGAAAAAAAAGCGUGAAGAGAAAGAACCGAAUACUAGAUCAAGCGAUUUGCUUUUAAAACUAUUUUUAAUAGUUUUGAUUUGAGUAAUUUAUGAAAGUUCAAAAAUAAAAAUACUCGUAAUUGUAAAGCCUCUCUCUAUAAGAUAAUUGAACUUACGGUUAACGACGAUUCUUUGAAAUUCUGUGACUUUUCUUUGUCGUAUCAAGUCAUAUCUUAACAAUCGUAAUGAAAGACUUAAUUCUUUCCGUGUAAUAAGUAAAUAUUGUCGCCAUGAACGAUGAAGAAAACGAAAUAUACUUCAAUGUUGUGAACAAAUUACAUUGGAAUCGAUUCUACCUCGCGAUCAUACCAAAGGAAUGUCGUUAUUCUGUAAUCGAAUGAAGUACGUUGUUAAAUACCGCCUGUAAAACAGGAACAAAUCGUUAUAUUAGACUGCAUAUUUUGGAGAAGGCAAUUAAAAUGUUUAAACAAAUUGGACAAGAAUGACAGUAUUGCGCUUGCAAAAUGCAAGAAUGUGAAUAGCGUUGUUUCAUAAAUAAAAUAACGGUCAUUUAAAUGAAUACGACUUGUCCUACGAACUUAAACAAUGAUUAUAUUUAACAAAAAUAGAUGUUUAUUUACAUUCUUUAUUAACAAGUGUAGUAAAAUAAUCAUUCAAUUCCAUUUGCAAAAAAAAUUAUUAGCCUCUGUUACAAAAUUUCGUAGUCCGAUAUAGGUACUCGAUGAAUUCAGCUACUCUAUUUUUCUACAUUGUAUACUAUUUUGAGAUUGGUAUGUAUUGUAACGUGUUACGAUCAUUUUGAAGACCGUUCUCUCGAAAAAAAAUCAAUCGAUACUACUACGUCCUUUAUCGCGCACUAGCAUGUAAGAUGAACCGUUUGGUGCAAUACCUAGAAUAGAAAGUAGAUAUCUUUCUUGAUUGAAUUAUUCGUUGUAAAAAUUAUUUUACAUAUUUCUCCAAAUAAAAUAACAUGUCGUUUAUAAGA